AUGAACAUUUCUCAAAUAUCUCUUGAUCAGUGGGGUCCAGCUACAAACAGAAAUAUGGCAGUUUUAGAUAAAGCGAAAGAUCUUUAUAUUGUAUCUGUAAAAGCCACAAAUAAAACAUUUUGCAAAUUAGGCAGGAAGAUAGAAUCAUAUCAAUGGAAUACUGAAGAAAACUUGAUAGCAGCUAUUCAAGAUACGCAGCUAAUUGUUUGGUAUUGUCCCCAAGCUUCAUAUGAUGCUACAUUACUAAAAUUAUGUUCCUUUUAUUAUGAUUCACCGGAACUGGGCAGAGGUCCAAGAAUUAGCGAUUUUAUAGGUAGCUCUGUUUCUGUAAGAAAAGCUGAUGGUUCUCUGAUCAAUGUGUUUAUUUCACCUCUACCAUCCAUUCUACUGAAAUAUAUUCAAGAAAAUAAGUGGACAGAAGCAUUGAAUCUAUGUCGUUCAAUGAACAAUACAACACUUUGGGCUUGCUUAGCUGUUCUGUCAACACAAUGUAAUCAAACAAAUGAUUCCAUUAGUAUUGCUGAAGAAGCAUUCGCUAAUAUCAAUCACUAUGAGAAAGUAUACUACAUUAAAUACAUAAAAAAUAUAGAAAAUUCAGUACAACAGAAAGCUGCCUUGGCUCUGCUAGGUGGCAAACACCAAGAAGCAGAAUCUAUACUCUUGCACAACGGAAUGGUUUUUCAAGCUAUCUGGACCAAUAUUCAGUUAUAUCACUGGACAAGAGCUUUAGAAUUGGCAAUUAAACACAAGACACAUAUAGAUACCGUUUUAUAUUUGAGGAAACAAUAUCUGAACAUCCUGGGUAAGCCAGAAAACAAUAACCAGUUCAUAGGUAUUCAAGAAAAUGUUAAGUAUGACGACGAGAAAGUUAAGGAAAAAAUCGAUCUUGAAAUGAAGAAGAUGAAUAAAACUGCUUGA